AUGAUCGAAACGUACAGCCAACCUUCGCCCCGCUCUGUGGCCGCUGGACCACCCGUCAGUAUGAAAAUCUUUAUGUAUUUACUUACUGUUUUUCUUAUCACCCAGAUGAUUGGGUCAGCACUUUUUGCAGUGUACCUUCACAGAAGAUUGGACAAGAUAGAAGAUGAAAGGAAUCUUCAUGAAGAUUUUGUGUUCAUAAAAACGAUACAGAGAUGCAAGCAAGGAGAGGGGUCCUUAUCCUUAUUGAACUGUGAGGAAAUCAGAAGCCAGUUUGAAGACCUGGUCAAGGGUAUAAUGCAAAGCAAAGAAGUGAAGAAGAAAGAAAAAAGCUUUGAAAUGCACAAAGGCGAUCAGGAUCCUCAAAUUGCGGCACAUGUCAUAAGCGAGGCCAGUAGUAAAACAGCAUCUGUCCUGCAGUGGGCCCCCAAAGGGUACUACACCCUCAGCACCAACUUGGUGACCCUGGAAAACGGGAGACAGCUGGCCGUCAAAAGACAAGGAAUCUAUUACAUCUACGCCCAAGUCACCUUCUGCUCCAACCGGGACGCCGCGGGUCAAGCUCCCUUCAUAGCCAGCCUCUGCCUGAGGUCCCCAAGCGGGUCGGAGAGAAUCUUACUCCGCGCGGCCAACACCCACAGUUCCUCCAAGCCCUGCGGGCAGCAAUCCAUUCACUUGGGCGGAGUCUUCGAGUUGCAACCCGGCGCUUCGGUGUUCGUCAACGUGACUGAUCCAAGCCAAGUGAGCCACGGGACCGGCUUCACGUCUUUUGGCCUCCUCAAACUCUGA